AUGGUUUCUACACCGGCAGCAUCGGAUGAUGAGGACGAUCGGCUUGAACCGGGGUUCGAGGACCCGUCAAAGUUCACAGCCGAGGGGGAUGGAGCUCAGACGAGUGCGGAUGUGACGCAAGAUGGGAGGAUCGAUAUGGUCCUCAACCUCAAGAAAGCGUUACCAGACCUACCUACCGACUACGCCAUCUCGGUGGAAGAUGAAUACGCCGAUCCGAACCCCGAUCGAAACGUCCCUUGCCUCAACAUCGUCAUCUUCGUAGUCGGGUCCCGGGGUGACGUCCAACCUUACCUCUCGCUCGCCUUGAACUUGAUCCUCUCCGACAGUCGACACAGGGUGAGGAUCUGUACGCAUGGGGUGUUCAAGGAUUUCGUACUGGGGACGGGGAAGAAGUUCUUCGAUAUCGGAGGAAGUCCCAAGGACUUGAUGGCGUACAUGGUCAAGAACCCUGGAUUAUUGCCCGGACGCGAAUCCCUGAUCAACGGUGACAUCCCCAAAAAACAAAAGAUGGUCAAAGAGAUGCUUCACAGGUUCCUCCGGUCGAUUUACUACCCGGAUGAGCAGACCGGACGAUCGUUUGCCGCAGACGCCAUCAUUGCGAACCCGCCGAGCUUUGCGCAUGUACACAUUGCCGAGAUGACGGGUCUGCCGUUGGUCAUCUCGUUCACAAUGCCCUGGAGUCCGACCGGCGAAUUCAAUCACCCUCUUGUCAACGUCAAAUCGAGCGAUGCCCCGAACAGGCUCACCAACUACCUGAGCUACGGUCUGGCCGAGAUCAUGACGUGGCAAGGCUUGGGACCUACGAUCAACAAGUUUAGGAGGAAAGAGCUGUUGUUGAACGAACUUCAGAACGGAGAGGGGCCCGGAUUGGCGGAUAGGCUCAAGAUCCCGCAUAUCUACUGUUGGAGUCCCACUGUGAUUCCUAAACCUAAGGAUUGGAAGGCGCACAUCGACAUUGCCGGAUACUUCUUCUUGCAGGACGGUGGUGAAUUUGAGCCGGAACCGGAACUGGCCAAAUUUCUGGCCAGUGGUCCAACUCCGAUCUAUAUCGGCUUCGGUUCUAUCGUGGUCGACGAUCCCGCAAAACUUACUGCGACGAUAUUCGAAGCCGUGGAGAGGACCGGAGUGAGAGCCCUGGUCAGCGCCGGAUGGAGUGAUAUCGGUGGUGAUAACGUGCCAGAGGACGUGUUCAUCCUAGGGAACGUACCUCACGAUUGGCUGUUUGCCGAUGGCCGCGUUUCCGCGGUCUGCCAUCACGGCGGAGCGGGGACGACAGCAAUCGGGCUCAAGAACGGUGUACCAACCAUAGUCGUGCCGUUCUUUGGAGACCAACCUUUCCAGGGCGCAAUGGUAGCCAGAGCCGGAGCUGGACCCGAACCUAUCCCUUUCAAGAAAUUCAACGCCGACACCCUUACAGAAGCUAUCAUCACCGCGCUAAGUCCAGAAGUGAAGGAGGCUGCCGGUCGAUUCGGAGAGCAGAUUCGAAGCGAGAACGGGGAGGAAGCGGCAGUGCACUCGUUCCACAACUUUUUGCCCCUCCUGAACAUGCGUUGCGACCUUGAGCCUUCGCGAGUAGCCCUCUGGAGCAGCAAGGAACACGCACUGAGGUUGAGCGGAUUGGCAGCCUACACACUGAUCGACGCGGGCCUACUUUCUUGGGAAGACCUUCGACCACAUCGCGUACGAGAAUAUGUACCCGCGACCAACGAUCUAUAUCCUCUGGCCGGAGGAGUUAAUGCGGUACUGCGCACCGUAGCGACAGGUGUUGUCGGCACCGCCGAGUUGUUUUACAGACCUCGUCAGGGGCUGCAGAAGCUCACCACCUUCCAGCUCACCGGGAUGGUCGGCAUCGUAGAAUUAAAUAUCCUCGCAGGCCUGCAGACGAUGCCUAAAUUCUGGGGCAGCACCGUUCGACAUCGGGAACCGACCGGGGCCUUGGACGGGUUCGCUGAAGGUGCAAAGAGCUUUGCUUACGGGUUUGGCGAUGGGUUUGGCGGGCUCGUAUACAAGCCAGUCCUGGGCGGAAAGAAGGAUGGAUGGGUCGGUGCUGGCAAGGGACUUUUACAAGGGAUCGGUGACAUGUACGUCAAGCCGGCGGCGGGCGCUUUAGCGCUGGUGGCCCAACCUACCAAAGGUAUCCUCACCGCAAUGGGCAAAGCCAAACGCAAGGCCAACGACCCGCUUGUCAGGCCGCGCCAGGAGACGAGCCGAGAAGCCUUCAACCGUAGCACUCUCGAAGAAAGGCAGGCCAUCUUGAAAGCCUUUGAAAUUGCGGUCAAAGAUACGGUGGAGAGGAAGAAGCGGCUCAAAGCCAAGGCUCAGCAGCUUUUCGAACAAGAGAGACUAGCGAUCGAAGAGGUCCAACGGGAGAAGAAGGCUGCUAUCGAGGCGGAAAAGGAGGCCAAGAAGCGAAUAGACAAGGUGUGA